CAGACAAUGAAUGAAGAUAAACCCUCCAUUGACCUUGCCCCUCCGUUACCGGAAGGAUCAACCAUAUUACCUACGCUGCCUAUACCAUCCAAUGGUCCAACUCGUUUUACCACUAUACCACCCAUUGAUGAAACAAAGACUUUAGUAGAUAACAACAAUACAGUUUAUGAUCCUCUCAGUCGAGCGGGUUUGUCAACCAAACCAAGACUUUUAGUCAUGACAUCUGUUGGUGCCUUUUGGGGUUUUGGUAUUGGUGCAUUUAUUGGUGGACGACAAUCAGGGCUUCAGUACCUGGCAGAAAAUGCUCAUCGACUACCUACUACAGUACAAGGCUGGUACUUUUAUCACAAGACAAAGAAUUAUCGAGUUAUGCUUGGGGGGAUCAAACGUGGUAUGCGUUAUGCUGUCAAAACUGGAGGAUUAUGUUUAUUAUAUGGUAUGGUUGAAGCUGGUUUGGAUGAUAUUCGUGGUGAAGCUGAUAUUGUCAACUCGGUUACUGCUGGUGUUACGACUGGUGCCAUGUUCUCUACAAUCACGAAACUAAGUAGGGGAAGUUUUCGAUAUUCUAUGGUGUUUGGCGCUUUAUUUGGUUUAGCUACAGGUGGUCUCUCUGAUUUGCACAAGACAGCUUCUGGUACUCCUCCUUCAUAUAUCCAAUGGUUAUCAGACAAAUGGAAAAAGACUUGAUAAUUUAUAUUCUAUCUUAUUUUUUACACGAACACAUACUUUAUAUACAUAUAUAUAUAUAUAUUUCGUUAGAAACACAUCCUACAUUCAUACAGACAUACGUACAUACUAUCACACUCAUGCACGCAUAUUACACUUUGUUUUUGAUAUUAUUGAAUUGUUUCCCUUUAUUUAUCCUAGUUUAGUCUUUGAAAAUAGAAAAUAAAAAUAAAAAAAAAUAGGUUAUGCCAUCCA